AUGAGUGCGGCACUUCCAUCAAUUCAACUUCCUGUCGACUAUAACAAUCUAUUCAAUGAAAUCGGUGAUUUCUUGGUGACUUUCAAGCAGGACAGCUUGUCUGCUGAAGCACAACGAAACGAGAACGAGAAUGAAAAUGUGGAUGCUGAAAACAUCGAACAAGAUCUAUUGGAAAAGGGCCCUAAGUACAUGGCGAUGCUGCAAAAAGUGGCUAAUAGGGAACUGAAUUCUGUGAUUAUUGAUUUGGAUGAUAUUUUACAGUAUCAGAACGAAAAGUUUCUCCAGGGCACACAGGCAGAUGAUCUUGUGUCUGCCAUUCAGCAAAACGCUAAUCACUUCACUGAGUUAUUUUGCCGUGCCAUUGAUAACAACAUGCCGCUACCAACAAAGGAAAUUGAUUACAAGGACGACGUUCUUGAUGUUAUUCUAAACCAAAGGAGGUUAAGGAAUGAGAGAAUGCUCUCGGACAGAACCAAUGAGAUUCGAAGCGAAAACCUUAUGGACACUACAGCGGAUCCACCCUCUUCCAUGAAUGAUGCGCUGAGAGAAGUUGUAGAGGAUGAAACUGAACUAUUCCCUCCUAAUUUAACCAGACGCUAUUUCCUUUAUUUUAAACCUUUAUCACAAAAUUAUGCUCGUCGUUACAGGAAGAAAGCAAUCAGCUCCAAACCACUAUCUGUUAGGCAGAUUAAAGGUGACUUCUUAGGCCAAUUGAUUACCGUCAGAGGUAUUAUCACCAGGGUUUCUGAUGUCAAACCCGCUGUGGAAGUUAUUGCAUAUACUUGCGACCAAUGUGGGUACGAAGUGUUCCAAGAGGUCAAUUCUCGUACUUUCACUCCAUUGUCUGAAUGUACUUCCGAAGAAUGUUCCCAAAAUCAAACAAAGGGCCAAUUGUUCAUGAGUACGAGAGCUUCCAAAUUUAGCGCCUUUCAAGAGUGUAAGAUUCAAGAGUUAUCACAACAAGUGCCUGUGGGCCACAUUCCUAGGUCACUAAAUAUCCACGUUAACGGGACGUUGGUAAGAUCUUUAUCGCCUGGUGAUAUUGUCGAUGUCACUGGUAUUUUCUUGCCAGCACCCUACACCGGUUUCAAAGCUUUAAAAGCUGGCUUGCUGACAGAAACUUAUUUAGAGGCACAGUAUGUUCGUCAACACAAGAAGAAAUUUGCCUCUUUCAGCCUGACUUCUGAUGUAGAAGAGAGGGUUAUGGAAUUAAUCGCUUCUGGUGACGUAUACAACAGGCUAGCAAAAUCUAUUGCACCGGAAAUUUACGGUAACUUAGACGUUAAGAAGGCAUUGCUGUUACUACUUGUCGGCGGUGUUGAUAAAAGGGUAGGUGACGGUAUGAAAAUCAGAGGUGAUAUUAAUGUUUGUUUAAUGGGUGAUCCCGGUGUUGCUAAAUCCCAACUACUGAAGGCCAUCUGUAAAAUAUCACCACGUGGAGUGUAUACCACCGGUAAAGGUUCAUCUGGGGUUGGUCUGACCGCCGCGGUCAUGAAGGAUCCUGUCACAGAUGAAAUGAUUCUAGAGGGUGGUGCCUUAGUGCUUGCUGAUAACGGUAUUUGUUGUAUCGAUGAAUUUGAUAAAAUGGAUGAAAGUGACAGGACUGCAAUCCAUGAAGUUAUGGAACAACAAACCAUUUCGAUAUCCAAAGCCGGUAUCAAUACAACUUUGAACGCCAGAACAUCAAUCUUAGCGGCAGCAAAUCCCUUAUAUGGUAGAUACAACCCUAGAUUAUCACCUUUGGAUAAUAUCAACCUGCCAGCCGCUUUACUAUCCAGAUUUGAUAUUCUCUUCUUAAUGUUAGAUAUACCAAGUAGAGAUGACGACGAAAAAUUAGCUGAGCACGUUACAUAUGUGCAUAUGCAUAAUAAACAACCGGAUUUGGACUUCACUCCAGUAGAACCCUCUAAAAUGAGAGAGUACAUUGCCUAUUCUAAGACAAAGAGACCUGUGAUGAGUGAAGUUGUAAACGAUUAUGUGGUGCAAGCUUACAUCAGAUUAAGACAAGACUCUAAGAGAGAAAUGGAUUCUAAAUUUUCCUUCGGUCAAGCCACUCCGAGAACUUUACUAGGUAUCAUAAGAUUAUCUCAAGCGCUAGCGAAGUUAAGGUUGGCUGACACGGUGGAUAUAGAUGAUGUAGAAGAAGCCCUAAGAUUGGUCAGAGUCUCUAAAGAAUCAUUGUAUCAAGAAACCAACAAAUCUAAAGAAGAUGAAAGCCCCACAACAAAAAUCUUCACAAUUAUUAAGAAAAUGCUACAAGAAACUGGCAAAAACACGCUAUCAUAUGAAAAUAUUGUGAAAACUAUAAGACUGAGAGGGUUCACAAUGCUACAAUUAAGCAACUGUAUCCAAGAAUAUUCUUAUUUGAAUGUCUGGCAUUUAAUCAACGAAGGUAAUACUUUGAAAUUCGUGGAUGACGGCACCAUGGACACAGAUCACGAAGAUUCACGAAUGGGCACGCCUAAACUCUCACCACAAACGGCCACUUCCCCCAACACAAGCGCGCAAGAUUCUGAUAUCGAUCUACAGGACGCUUGA